AUGAGCAAGAGAAAUAUUCGGUUUUACAUAAAAACACGUAUUGCUCUCAACCUUCAAGGAAGAGAUAUCCAUGAAGAAUUAUACCCUGUUCAUGGUAAUCAGGCUCCUAGUCUUAGAACAGUUGAAAGAUGGUGUCAGCGAUUUCGUGAAGGUCAAGAAGAACUUGAUGAUGAAACAAUAUCUGGUAGACCUAUUGCUGCAACAGCUUCUGAGAAUAUUGAACAAGUUCGUCUGAUCAUCGAUGAUGAUUCUCAUGUGACGAUAGAAGAAAUACAAGAACAAACCGGUUUAAAUUAUGGGACUACUCAGCGAAUCAUCGAAGAACAUUUACACCUUACCAAGAUCGCCGCUCGCUAUAUGCCGAAGGAAUUUACUGAUUUCCAAUGGAACGAGCGAGUUCGAAGCUGUCAAGAAAAUUUAAAGAUGGAACGUGGCGUUUGUGGAAUGUGGUGA